AUGGGCGCCACAUCCGCAGCCUCCGGCCCCCAACCCACGAUCAUCGUCGGCGUCAUCUUAGGCCUCGCCAUGAUUUUCAUCGCCUUCUGCAUCGGCCUAUACAAGUAUCUCGAGAAGCGCCGAACCCUCCGCGCUGUCGUCAAGCAAGACGUCGAAGCCCAGGAACAGCAAACGCAAAACCAACCCGCCUGGCGAGAGGUUUUCCUCCUCAGCAAAGUCCGACCAGGCGCUCUUCUAACCCGCAACAAGCAAACCGGCACCCCACGAGACGGCGAGGUGAGUAUCGUAGUCUUAGACAGCUCGACGCAAGCCCACACAGCCGUACCCGCGAUUCCAUCGCAGCCACAACCGGGUCCUCAGACUAGGAUGCAGACGAUCCCUGAGUAG